ACGAAACUCGUGUGAAACACUACCCAAUUGAACUUGCCUUUUUCUGAUGCAGUUGGAACCUUUUCCUUUGGUCUUCUUUCCUUCUCUGUCUCUCUGCUUAUUGUUAUUGCUGUUGUGACUAAGGAACAAGGGGUUGCUUCUUCCCUUUUGUUUUCAAAGGAAGAGAAUUUUCAAUUUUCAAUUUUUCAUUGGGUUCUCUGAAAUGGAGAGAGAUUUCAUGGGUCUCAACUUGAAAGAACCACUAGCUGUGGUGAAGGAGGAGAUGAACAAUGAUGGCUGCAAAAACUCUGGCUUCAAAAAAGGUCGGAUUGCACAGUGGCCAUUCUCGAACAAAGUAUCUGCCCUUCCACAUUUGAUGUCUUUCAAGGCUUCUCAAGAUGAUAAGACUAAGAAUACAGUGUCUGAUACCUUAUCAUCUUCUGGGUUUAUGUCUAUCUUAAGUCAAGAAGCAUUUGACACUAGUCAGAAACGCUCUGCUGGUGAACCCCAGAAGUCUUUCAAUCAUGAUGGGCAAGGUGACCUUCAUUUUUCGCUGACUUCAUAUCCUGUACAACAUGAUGUGAAUCAUCCUCAUGAUGUGAAGAUGUUUUCAGUUCCAAAUCAAGCAAUUUCAGUUUCCUUGGGGAAUCCAUUCCUGAAGAAUCAUUUUGCAGCUGCUGGUCAGAAGCCGUUACUUGGGGGAAUACCUGUUACCACAUCUCAUUCAGUUCUUCCCUCUGCUGUUGCUGUUGCUGGAAUGACCGAAUCAUGUAACAGUGUGAAACCAUCUGCUCAACUUACCAUCUUCUAUGCUGGUACUGUCAAUAUCUUUGAUGAUAUCUCCACUGAGAAGGCACAAGCUAUCAUGUUGUUGGCUGGCAAUAGCUUAUCUGCAGCUUCUAACAUGGCACAGCCAAAUGUUCAGGUGCCUAUCUCGAAGUUGGGUGCUGGUGCUGGUGUGCCUGUGAGUCAACCUGCAAAUACAUCACCUGGCUCUGGUCUUUCAAGUCCUUUAUCUGUUUCUUCACAUACCGGUGUACAGUCAGGGAGUGGCUUAACUAGCACUGAUGAAUUUCUGGCUGCUAAAACAACUGGAGUUCCCAACACUCCUAUUUGCAAUGUGGAGCCUCCAAAGGUAGUCAGUGCAACCACUAUGUUGACAUCAGCUGUACCUCAGGCCCGGAAAGCAUCCUUGGCUCGAUUUUUAGAAAAACGCAAAGAAAGGGUGAUGAGUGCAGCACCAUACAACCUCAACAAGAAGUCUGAAGAGUGUGCCACUGCAGAAUACGCUGGUGUUAACUUUUCUGCCACUAACACUGUUUUGGCCAAGCAAGGAUAGUAGCCCGCCCGCACCUUUAGGAAACAAACUAUUUCGGAGAAAAAUAUUGUUGUAACCUUAAAAAUGUUGUAAGCAGAUGCUUUUAUUUUCGUUGAUCACAACUUAUGCUGACAUUCUCAGGUUCAGCACAUAGAUAGGCCAUUACCAUAAUUAUUUUUGUGGUGUAGGGCUUUUACCUUGUUAUUUGAAAGGUUGGUUGAAUUUUAGCUUCCUACACGGUAACAUUGAACCACCAUGUAAUGUAACUCGUGAUGAUUUGUUUAAAUUUGUGGAGUAAAAGCCCAGUUUAGAUAUUUAUGUUUA